UUUGGACGACGGACCAGUCUACUUCCGCUUCAGUUGUCAACAGAAGAGGACCACACGUGUUUUCAAGCGCUUAAAAUGCCGAGGCCUCAGAAAGGAAACGGAAAAGCUCCGGACAAGGUUAUUCACCCGAACAGCAGGAAAGCUGCUUACCUCGCAGGAGAAGAAAUCCGACUUAAAAAGAAAGAAAGGCAGAGGAGUGACAAAGCAACACGUCUGAGCGGCGUUGGUGAGAAGCUGUUGUGGUUUCAGGAACAGUUGGAUCCAGAAAAGUCAACUUACACCAAAAAAGAUGCCUGUGAACUGGUUGAAAGAUACCUCCAAAGGUUUGAUUUGGAACUAGAGCAGAUUGAGCUGGUGAACGGGAUCAAAGGUCGAAAAGGUCGUCUCCAUGGCGCCAGAGAGGCGGUCGUCAAACAGACCAUCGAGCGAGAGCGAGCGCAGUAUGAGGGCAUCGGGUUUGAGAUUCCAGACAUCAUUAAUGGAAAGAAUCUGAAAGCAUUCCGUGAGUGGACUGGUGAUCGGAAGAAACUUCCAACUUUGAAACUGCGAAAGGUUUCUAACAAAGGUUUGGAAACAAAAAAUGAAGUGGAGGAUAAAGAAGAUGACUCAGAAGAUGAUAAUGAGGUCGAGGAUGAUGAUGAUGACGAGCAGGUGGAGGAGAUGGUGCUGAUGUCGAACUGAAACUGACACUCUUCGUAUUUGACUGUGGCUCAAAGCUCCAAAUGACUUGCGCUGAACAUCAAAAUACUUUUUAUAGAUAAAAAGUGUGUGUGUGUCUGUGGGGGAAAGCAAUGUGGCUGCUCCAUUAUUGUCCAGAAGAUGGUGCUUAAUUCUCAAAGACAUCAAACUAAACUUGUAUCAGUGUGUCCUCCUUUAACGUCUUCUUGUUGCUCAGUAACGUCACACCAGCCGGUGAAGGGUUCUACAUUCAUUGUUUAUUGCACAAGCAAACUGUAUACCUAAAUACUCCAUUUCAUCCAAUCGGAGAUAGAUAUAAAAGGUUUUGACAGAUGUUGUGGCUACAAGAAACAGAGACUUUCUGUGAAAUGAGAGGGAGUGACACUGAUUUUAAAAAAUCUCAAUAUCCCUGUAGAAAAGUGAAGUGUGAACGGUUACCUUUUUAGAGACGGACCGGUCAGUCACACAGUGUGUCAUGUCUGAUGUAAAGACAUGAACUGAAUUACAUUAAUGUAUAAUUAACACAACCUCAUAAAGCUGCAAACUGUCCAAACGUCAAAAAUAACUGGGAUACUUUAAGAUUUGCUAUUUGAAGAAAUAUUAAAAACUUUCGAUAAAUACAAUUUCUUCUAUUUUUAUUUAUAUUUUCAACCAUCACAUUUUCAGACCAAGCUAAAUAAUUAUUUCUCUACUAAUCAUGUGUUGACUCUUUGGUGUCCGAAGACAUGAUUGUCCAGUUGCGGCAUCUGAAACCUUUUACGCGUUUGUCCACUACGCUGAACGGCGUGCACGUUUGGGGGGGCGGAAAUGACAUAAAUGCCCGUCAACGGAGACGCCCCGACUUCCAUUUCAAUGACUACCACGUCUCCAUGGCAACAAUGCGUUCUUCCGUACUUACACCUGCUAGUAUGCAAGUACAUUCACGUGGACGGUGAACUCUUAACUGUCAAGAAAGUUUAGUACGAUAACUUUCCCUUCAUGCGCUUUAAGCCUGGCGUGCGAGGCGAGUUACCCAGCAUUUUCAAUAUUGUGUUAUUUAAUAAAAAAGUCAAUAUCUUAACAUUU